ACGCACUUGGCUAAUUAUUCUUAUUCUCACUUUCCGGUCACUUCUUCCGUGAUUAUCCAAAAUGGCCAAGAGUGGUAAAUUGGUGGUUCUUUUGGGGGUAUUAAUGACUUUUUCACUUUCCAGUCACGUCACCGGCCAGAUCCGACCGAAGUCCGGCCUGUUUCCAAUCGGAGAUUCGUACUACGAUGUCGGAAACAAGAAGUAUCUGACGAAAGAGUUUCUUCCAAGCACCACCUGGCCGUACGGCAAAUCCACCGACCGACCCAACGGUCGUUACUCGGACGGUCGCGUCGUCCCGGAUUUCAUUGCUACAUUUCUCAACCAACCCAUCCCGAUUCCACCGGCGCUUCAAAACGACGCAGACUUCACUAGCGGAGCAGGCUUCGCCGUCGGGGGAGCCACCGUUCUCGACGGCCCAUCUGAAACUAUGACGUUAGCUCAGCAAGUGGAGAAAUUCGGAGACAUGAAAUCGACGUGGGACGAGAAGUUCCUGUCGGAAGCCAUCUUCGUGUUCCAGAUCGGUACAGAAGAUUACCUUAACUUCAGCAAGCUCAAUCCCAACCCCGACGCCUCCACUCAGCAAGCUUUUGUCACGUUGGUCACUAACAAAAUCAAGACCGAAAUCAUCAGGUUGUACUCGUUGGGAGCGAGGAAAUUCGCGUACCAAACGUUAGCACCCCUCGGUUGCCUCCCGAUCGUGAGGCAGGAACACCAGUUAGAAGGGGAAGAUUGCUAUGAGAAGCUUAACGAGAUAGCGAAGCAACACAACGAUAAAAUCAGACCGAUGUUAGCGGAGUUAGCGAAAACGUACACCGGCUUUCAGUACACCGUUUUCGAUUUCUACGGUGCCAUUGAACGGAGGCUAGCCGUUGCUGAUUCCGACACCAUCUUCAACAACUACAGGUUUUCCAACACAGUGAACUCGUGCUGUGGAAUCGGAUCCCACAACGCUUUUGGCUGCGGCCGCAUAAACGUUCACUCGAAAUUGUGCGAGUACCCGAGGGAAUACCUCUUCUUCGACGGCCAACACAACAGCGAAAAGGCGAAUGAGGAAAUGGCUCACCUCUUCUUUGGUGCGGACAAAGAUAUAGUCGGUCCAAUGACCAUACGUGAGCUUAGCGUUUACCCCAUCGGUAUGAACAUGCUCGAGUACUAGUCGAUCGAAGCGGACAAUAUCCAUCGUCCUUAUGCUCUGCCUGCUUAAUUUGUAAGAGAAAUAAACUGAGUCGAUGCUGUGUAAUCUUUGCUAUGUGAUGGAUAAAAAAAAAUAAUGGAUGUAAUUGAAAUUCUCCAUCACAACAAAACCAAGCAAUCAUCAUGAAUAAAGAGAGUUUUAACGUUAUAAGCU